AUGUCUUCACAACAACAGCCAGAGGAGCCUACCCCAGCCGAUACACCUCAACGCCCUGAAAUAGGCAACUUCAAACUAUUUUGGAAGAAUGAACGUGAUCUGUGGGAGCAAGGCAAUGGCGAAGAAGCCUGUCAUAUCCUCUCUGGAAUCGUUGUGAUGUGCUUUGGCAUCUCACACUCCUGCGGCGUCCGUUUUCAGGAGAUUGGCGAGAAGAUCGACAAGCUCUUACACUCGGAAAAAGAAGCAGAAAAGAACGCUGUCGAAACUCUUAUCGAGGCCCUAGAUAUUCGUUGCUCUGUCCUAUCACACCCCUGGUGGAAAGGGUUUGACGAUAAGCCGGAUAACUCGAUUCAGCAAAUUCUAGACUUUACCGAGACGUUGUUCACACAACUCCUUGACGACAAUCUAUUGACCGAUAGUGGUUCGAUUCCAGAACAUCACCUCGAAUUGAUGGCAAAGUGGGAAUUGUUUUUUGCACAACACGCAGGGAGUGACUGGCAAACCAGGGAGCGGCCAUCUUUUGACGAUUGGGUCAUUUUCACAAGAAAAUUCGACCCGGACGUUGAUUUUGACACUAUUGGUGAGGGGUUUCUUUGA